CCUUUCUCCUUCCAGUCCUGAACCAUCACCCCUGCCUGACACCAUGUUCUACUACGGCAACUACUAUGGCCCAUACUAUGGGGGCUAUGGAUUCGGUGGCCUUGGCUGUGGCUAUGGCUGUGGUUAUCGGGGAUACGGAGGCUAUGGAUACGGCUGCUACCGCCCAUCUUGCUAUGGCAGAUAUUGGUCGUCUGGGUUUUACUGAAAAACUGGAGAGCCUCUGGCUCCGCUGAAUCUGUCAUCCUAGGAAACAUGGAUUCUGCUGCUGGUCGCAUUCUUCUUACACUGGCUCUUCAAAAUGACAACCUGAAUCUAUUCCAUCAAGGCAGAGAAGCAGUCAUUUCUCUCCGGUUCUAUUUUCCAAGAAAAGAUACCUUUCCAAAUGCCACCCGUUUUCCAUUUGACCCCUAAGUGCUUUCAAUAAAUUUAACCUGCUUGCAAAUAUAA